AGGUGUUAACUUGUAAUCGUUUCCCUCUGGAUAAAGUCGCGUCGCGUACGUGUUUGUGUGUUUCUGAGUUUUUCCCCCAACGAAAGGAACUGGAAAUCGUAAGAAUCCAAGUCGAGAGAAGGAAGGAAGGAAGGAUCAAAUCUAAAAAAGAUGGAUAAAGGAGUUCGUGAUUCUCAUGGUGAUUCUGAUGCUGGUAAUGUCGUAAGUCAAACCAUCAGGGAGGAUAGAGAAGAAGAUUCUACCUUACGUGAAGGCUUUGCUAACGAGAGCAAAAUACAUGAACCAGAUCAUCAGAAUAUGAAGCUCCAAAUGGAUGACAGUGUUCGUGAUUCUGAUGCUGGUAAUGUCGCAAGUCAAAGCAUCAGGGAGACUAUACAAGAACAUUAUACCUUACGUGAAGAAGAUAGCAAAAUACUUGAAUCAGAUCAUCAAAAUUUGAAGCUCGGAAUGGAUGUCAAUGUUGGUGAUUCUGAUGCUGGUAGUGUCGUAAGUCAAACCAUCAGGGAUACUAGACAAGAAGAUUCUACCUUACGUAAAGACGAGAGCAACAAACUUGAACCAGAUCAGCAGAAGCGUGGUAAAUACUUUUUCUAUGACACACCACUUUCCGAAGAAACAGGUGUUUGGAUACCAGUUUCAGUACCACCAAUGCUGGAACCUGAUCAUGAGGAAUGGUCAAGAGGGCUUAGCUUCAACGGUGGUUACUUCCCCGAGGGAGAGAUGGGAUGGAACCAGAUCCUUGAUGAAGACAAGGAGCUAACAAUGUGGGAUGUGAUAGUCGAUAUGUUACUCGCAGCACGUGGUAAAGCAACCGCUCUUGCUUCAGGCAACCUCGAGAGCGGCAUUUCAUUUUUCGCGGGACAACAUCUUCUCGAACAAGCUUGGCAGGAGAUGGCUCACACUCUCACCGAAGCCAACUUUGGCAACGCGAGAGAGAUUCUCGAAACAGAGCCACCAAAGUGGCUACCAGAUAGUGCUGCUUCUGCUUGUAUGCUCUGUAGCGUGAGGUUUCAUCCGAUCAUGUGUUCGCGUCAUCACUGUCGAUACUGUGGAGGAUUGUUCUGCAGAGACUGUUCUAAAGGAAGAAGCUUGCUUCCGGUGAAAUUCCGCGUUUCGGAUCCUCAAAGGGUUUGUGAUGUGUGUUGUGUGAGGCUGGAGACUGUGCAGCCUUAUCUGAUGGACCAAGUAAGUCCUGCUGCUCAGUUACCGACUCAUGACUUGACGGAUCUUAGUACGUUGAGGUCUUGGGUGAAUUUUCCAUGGGGACAAUCUAUGGAGUAUGAGAUUUAUAAAGCAACAAACACUAUCCGGGGUUAUAUAUCCAAGGUUGGUUCUUCGAGGACUGAGAGGUCCAUACCAGAUGCCAUUCUAAGACAAGCAAAAGGUCUUGCAGUAAUCACUGUUGCCAGAGUUGGAGUGAUGGUUACGUAUAGAAUCGGGACUGGACUUGUGGUUGCUCGUAGAGAUGAUGGCUCCUGGUCUCCACCUUCUGCUAUCUCUUCGUUUGGUUUGGGAUGGGGUGCUCAGGCAGGAGGAGAGUUCAUAGACUUUAUUAUUGUCCUAAGAACUCGUGAGGCCAUCCGAACGUUUGGGAGUAACACCCAUUUUGUUGUUGGAGCUGGUUUAAGUGCUGCGGUUGGUGUGACUGGACGAGCUGUUGAAGCUGAUAUCCGAGCAGGGAGUGGAGGUUAUGCCGCUUGCUAUACCUACAGUUGCAGCAAAGGUGCAUUUGUUGGAUGCUCGCUUGAAGGAAGCAUCUUCACAACACGUACAAGUGAGAACUCACGGUUCUAUGGGAGCCAGUCUCUAGCUGCGUCAGACAUCCUCCUUGGCUCUUUGCCAAAGCCACCUGCUGCUGCUCCACUCUACCGUGCCCUUGGUGAUCUCUUUCAGAAGAUGGGGAGUGAAACGAUUCGGUCAUCAACAACUUCAUCGUUUUCUGAAGACUGAACUCGUUCAACUGGCUUUUUAUCUAUUUGAUGAAUAACAGUGUCUUUUGUAUAGAUCAUGCAAAUUCUUGAAUGUAAAUAUGUUAUGGAGAUUUGGUUGGAUAGUUUGUGGUUUGUAAAUAAACAAACAUAAUUUAUUGUCUUGAAUGAAAUUAAUUUGUUGUAGAA